GUGUUUUAAUCUCCACAGAAAUUGGGAGGGAAAGCCACACGCCCAACUCCCACACCUUGGCUUCUGUGUAAGCUUUCAAAAUCUGUAAAAUAUAACCAGCCAGCCUGCUCCCGUAAUCCUGUUUGGAGUAUCUCAGGCGAAGCUGCAACAUGCCCUGCAUAUUUAAUCCCGGCUACAUCGGGCCCCAUCCACCCUGCUGUGACCCCGAUUGUGUGCAGGAGGGGCAGUGCAACAACUGGCAGUGCGGUCCGUGUCCAGGAGAGCAGCCGCCGCACGGCUGUUCACCAGCUCCGCCAGCGCCACCAUCGCAGACGCAGGAAAAGCUGAAAAAGAAUUGAUGAAUACUUCAGAAACCAGGAGGGGAGCUUGUAGCAAUAGAUGCACGGUACUACAAAAUAUAGCACAUUAAAUAAAUCAGAAUAAAACACUUGCAA